AUGCCACGCCAACUAUCCGAAUUGCAGACCCGAUUAGAGUGGCAGGGCGACCAUGAACGACUGAUGCAGCGGCUCCAGAGCCAGGUCACCCCGCCAAUGGACCGCGCCUUUGAGGGGCUGGACAUGUUGGCAAAUCUGACGGAAGAUAUCCCGGACUUUUGGGGAGUCAUGGACCCGGUUCUGGCGCCGGACGCGCUGUCAACUAUCCUCGCGGGCGAUAGUACUACUCAGCUACCCACACCCUUCGACGGUGGCUAUCCUCCCGCUGGGAACGGCAGCUCCGUCUCUCCGGCCUUUGAAACCCUCUUUCCCUCUACUCAGGACCUAGAAGAGCCUAUUCCCCUACACCAGAAAUACUUUGAUAUAUUCUAUCCGGUCCUCCCAAUAUUGAAUCCAUCGCGAUUCCGCCGAGAAUGGGCCCAUGACCCCGCCUCCCCUCAGAUCCGGGCGCUCAAUUACGCGGUGGCCCUUGUCGGUUCGACGGUCGCCCCCGAAUACACCCAUCUACAAUCAUCCUGUUACAGCAACGCGCGCAAAUACAUCGAACUGUGUGAGCGCGAUGAUGACGAGACGCGUAUUACGAGCCUGAAUGCAUUUCAGGCGUUAUUAUUCGUUCUCCGCUACGAAUUGACGAGGAAGCAUUUCGUGCGCGCAUGGAUGACCCUCGGCCGGGCCGUGACGCUGGCACAAAUCCUCGACCUACGGAACAUCGACAACGGUGAGGCGGCAAGACAACGCACCGGAUCUCUACAGGGUGCCUCUCAGAUCGGAUUUGCCUGGGAUAAGCGCGAUCCCGCAUCGCUGGAGGAGAUCCGUCGGUCGUUCUGGUCCUUGUACAUCUUUGAGAGCUACGGGUGUGUCCGCAUUGGCCGACCUUGCACUCUCGACGAGGACGACAACUUGUGCAUCUUCCUCCCGUCGCCCGGGGAGCUCAACGAAACAUUUCGCCCCAGCCCAAUGCCCUUUAUUGGGGACCCGACAAAGCUUGCGGGGGUCAGCUACCUGACGUCCUAUGCUGCGGUGACCAUCAUGGUGAAGCUGGCCCGCCUAUGCUUUGAGCAUGUGAACAUCCUCUCGCGAAGUAUUAGCGACUCCGGCUUCUGGGACCGUCAUUACCGUCUGGUGAAGACGAUUAAUGACUACACCGCCAUUUUCCAACGAUAUCUAACUGCGAAAGCCGUGCGAGAAGAUGCAUUGGCGUUUUCGCUCCACCUUAAUCUCUGCGCAACGCACAUCAACCUCCACGAGGCAGCGAUCUGCAAGGUCGAAGAGCAAGACUUGCCCAAGCUCGUGGCCGCGGAAAGUCGUAAGUGCAGUGCCGCCGCGGCGUUCAAGAUUCUUGGAGCUAUCCGCAUGAACUGGCCGAUGCAGCGGUCAGAGCGAGAUCACUUCACCCUCCAAGCAACCUUCAUCGGUUGGCCGAUCUCUAUGAGCCUGAUGGCCCUGAGUCGCAGUCUUGCCAACGGUGACACGACUCCGAUCGGUAUCGUGGACUCACUGCGUCUGUUACGUGCCGCCCUGGACCAGGUAGAGGAACCAGAUGGGUAUUGGCACCAAGCCAGCAGAGCUGCGGUCACUGCUUUGGCCAAGUGGGAUGAACAACAACGCGAGACUUCUUCGGGGGAAUGA